GACGUUGUGUUAUAGUUUGUUAUUUCAGUUAGUUACUUGCUGUUAGCAUAUUAUUUCGAUCGGUAUUUUUUUUUUGUUAUAACAGUACCAAAUUAAAUUGGGUUAUUCCAUUCGCGUGAACAUGUCUCGGAAACUUGUUCAAGAUGACAAAGAACUAUUAUUGAUAUCGCAAAUAGAACUGAAAAAAUUACAGAGACAAUAUCGUAUUAUGGAAGGCGAUAAGAAUUCGUAUGCCAGUGAAAUAAAAUGUUACUUGAAUAAGCAAAGGAAAAUCAUCGAAACUCUAGAAAAGGAAGAAAAUGGGCUACUUUCAAAAUUGCGAGCUGAAAAACCACUAAGUGUAUCGGAAUAUGAUACCGAAUGGAAUAGACAAUUCAACGAAUUAUUGAAAACCUUCGAAAAAUACGUAUUUCUAAUAAAACAAAAAAAGGAUACAAUCGCAAAACUCGAAACAAAAAUAAAAAAUUUUCAAAACGAAAGUAAAAUUUUAUUGUAUUAUGGCGAUUCUAAAACAAUACAAAUGGAUGAAAACAUUGGAAAAGCAAACAAGCAACUCCAUUUGCUACAAAAUAAAUUACAUAAUGUAAGUUUUCCAAAAGGACAUCAUUUAGCGUUUUUUUUUCAAUUGACCGUGUAUUUUCACGCGUUUAUUCAGGAGACAAUAAAGUAUGACAAAGCAUUAGCGGAAAAUUUGGCCAUCAGACAGGAAGUCGACGCUUUACUAAAGGGCAGAUCAAGGUUCAACGACAUUUAUAAGAAAUUAGUCAUUAAAUUAAACGCCGAUAAAAAAAAAUUACUCGCGUUAAUGGAACAAGCUACCAUUGCAUGUGAACAAAGAGAUGCAGCUGAUGACAAACUGAAAACUACAAUUAAUAAAGAUCAGCAAGAAAUCAUCACUCAAAAACAUAAAAUGAGGGAAUUAUACAGACAACUAGAUCAUUAUAUGCAACUAAAAGAAUUUUUAAGCAUUAAAGGUCAAAAACGGAUCCUAGCUGAUCUCGAACAAAAGGAAAACGCCAAAAAACAACAGAAAAUAGAACAAAUCGAAAAAUAUACUCAAAAACAUAAUUCUAUUCUAGAACAAAUAAAAGAAUUUUGUGGCGAACACAAUACCGAACGUUUACCAGCCAUAUUUUUAAAACAAGAAGAAGAAAAUUUUGCUUUAUUCAAUUACGUCAAUGAAAUAAAUAAUGAAAUGGAAUUACUACAAGAUGAAAUGGCUGUGUUGAAUCGUGCCCUAGAAGAACAAAGAAUGAUUAGCACCUCUAUCAAAAAAGAAUGUUCUGAAUCGAUGGAAUCCUUUCGGAAAGAACUCGUUGUAAAAAAAGAAAAAAUUGAAGAUGAAAAGAAAAGGCUCACCUCGGUGAAUAGCAUCCUAGAAAUUAUGUUCAAAGAAAUGGAAAAUUUAUUUUCACUAUUCAAGCGUGAUAGUCCAUCAUUAAUUCAUUUGAUAGGAGAAAAUCAGAUUUCAUCUCAUAACGCUGAUUUAUUCUUGCAAAUAAUGGAUAAAAAAGUUGAAGACUUUCUAUGCGAUUACAAUUGUUCCACUUAAAGUUGAAUGUAUUCCGCUGUGGCUGUGGAAAUGUUCAUUCAAUGAAGAGAGAUACACAGAAUAAACAUAGAUUUAUAACAGAGAAAUUAAUAGAUUAGGUAUUAUUAAAUUUAAUAACGCAUCACAAGAAUAAUGUAAUUGGAAAAGAAGAGUCCGUUUUGUUGGAAAUAUCAUCUUUAUAGCUUAAUUCAAACGCUAGUUACAUUGCAUUUUUCAAUUCAUUAAUUGUAUUUUCAAUAAAAAUCAGUUUUUCAUUAUUGUCAA